CCGCAGCAUCUCUUAGCCGUCUUUCAGACACUUUUUGCGGCAUCGCGUGGAGGCGGACACGGGCUGUCCAUCCGUCCGUUUACCCACGAGCGAGCGAAAGAGAGAGAGAGAGAGAGAGAGAGAGAGAGAGAGAGAGAGAGAGAGAGAGAGAGAGAGAGAGAGAGAGAGAGAGAGAGAGAGAGAGAGAGAGAGAGAGAGAGAGAUUUGGAAAGGAGUAACGAAGCCGUCUGCUCGCUCUAUUCCCCGGUGUGGAUGUACGGAGGCAGACGGGGGAAGAGGAGCAACGCCACUUUCUCUUUUUAGCGAGCAUCCUGCCCAUUUGCCAAUCUCUCUGGUCCUCCGCCCUGACCAGAGUGAACAACUGCACCCUGUCGUGAAGAGCAACAUGACCCAGGAGGGGCAGGCUUUGUCGUCACACACCCCGUCAGAGAACACAGUAGAACCUAUCUCAACUACCACUGACCUGCCUGCAGAGGCUCUGAAUCGGGGAGGGCAAAACAACCCUAGAGCAAAGGUGAAGAAGGACAAAGAAGAAGCGACACAGUGUAAUGCUGACGGUGAGGCAGACAUAAAGAGAGAGGGAGGAGAAGGUGAUUUAGAAGAGAGUGCUGAUGUUCAUGAUCAACAGACAGACAGAGGGGAGGAGGAGUGGGUUGCGGCAAACGGGGAUAAAUGCAGGAAGGAUGAGUUGAGCUCAACAAGGGAGGAUGAAACACAUGCUGCAGAUGAGAUGAAAGAAGACCAAGAGGGUGGAAAUAAUGAAGAGAUGCAACCGCACACAGAGGAUGAAGCAACUCGGCCCCAGCAAGCCGGACGAUUAACAAACGGCAUAAACGGUACUCAAGACGAUCAUGAAGUUGCUGAAACAGACUACGAAGGAGAUGAAGUCGGGUGUAAUAUUCACUUGGACACUUUUAGCUCUGACUUUGAAACCACUGUGGAACAGGCUGACACAGAAGUAGAGGAAGAGGAGGAGGAAGAUGUGCCAAAAGAAGGAAGUGGUAGGAGAAACCAGGACAGUUUCAGUUCAGCGUUUGAACAGAUAGUCGAGCAGGUGCGCGACGAAGACGAGGACGAACAGGAGAGGGGUUUGGAAGAAGAGAGACAGAAAGUUCAGGUGGACAACAAGGAUGGAUUCAGCUCCACAUUUGAGCGCAUUGUGGAGUCUGCCCUGCUGAGAGGCGGGACCUGUUACAGUAGUUUGGACUCCCUGGAUGUGCUGUCGCUCACUGAUGAGACUGACAGCUGCGUCAGCUUUGAAGCGCCACUGACACCGCUGAUCCAACAGAGGGCUCUCUUACAGGGCCCUGAGCCGCUGGAGCUGGAGCUGGCAACAGUUGAAGAGCAGGAUGUGGCUGAAGCUGGACCAGCCAGUGAUCCUGAUGAUGGGGAUGAUGGCGGGGGUGGAGCUGGGGCUGGGGCAGGUGUAGAAGGAAGCCCACUGAGGACCACCAUACCAGGAAGCAGGUCGGAGUUUGUUCUCAGUCAACCUGGACGCUGGGCCAUCCCCAAUGGAUACCAUAGUGACUCCCACGAAGCCCUGGAGGGAUGUGGAGCCAUGCACAACUCCCUCAGUGAUGCCAACCUCACACAUGUCCUGUCUGACUCAGAAGAGUGUGAAUUGGGCAGUCUGGAGCAUUUGGAGCGUGGAAGCACCGACACUUUGGCCAAUGGCUGCCGAGCUGACUACGAUGCUGCCAAAAGGCUCGCCAAGCGCCUUUAUCACCUUGAGGGCUUCAAGCGCUGCGAUGUGGCGAGACAUCUGGGCAAAAAUAAUGACUUCAGUCAAUUGGUGGCGUCAGAGUACCUGAGUUUCUUCGACUUCUCUGGCUUGUCACUGGAUCGGGCCCUAAGGAACUUUUUAAAAGCCUUUCCAUUGAUGGGGGAGACACAGGAAAGAGAGCGAAUCCUUGUACACUUCUCCAAACGCUUCUGCCACUGCAAUCUACAAACCCUCACCUCUGAAGAUGGAGCCCACACAUUAACCUGCGCUCUCAUGCUGCUUAACACAGAUCUACACGGACAUAACAUUGGAAAAAAGAUGUCCUGCCAACAGUUUAUCAGUAAUCUAGAUGGCCUUAACAAUGGCAGUGAUUUUCCCAAGGACCUAUUGAAGGUCUUGUAUAACUCCAUCAAGAAUGAGAAGCUGGAGUGGGCUGUUGAAGAAGAAGAGCUACGGAAGAGCUUGUCGGAGCUUGUGGAGGAGCAGUGUGAGGGCGGGAGUAAACGUGUUGCCAGGGUAACGGACAGCAAUAACCCUUUCAUCGCCAUCCCCAUCCUCCUCAAUGCUGUAACCUACAAACAUGGAGUGCUGACUCGCAAAAGCCAUGCUGACAUGGAUGGUAAACGGACCCCUCGGGGUCGCCGUGGUUGGAAGAAGUUCUACGCGGUUCUGAAGGGAAUGAUAUUAUAUCUACAAAAGGAUGAGUAUAAGCCAGAUGCUGAUAUUUCAGAGGUGGAUCUUAAAAAUGCUGUGCGAAUCCAUCACGCUUUAGCCACUCGGGCUACCGAUUACAGCAAGAAAGCCAACGUACUCAAGCUCAAAACCUCCGAUUGGAGAGUUUUUCUACUGCAAGCUCCGAGUGAAGAGGAGAUGAUGUCGUGGAUCUUUCGAAUAAAUCUGGUGGCAGCACUGUUCUCCGCUCCAGCUUUUCCUGCCGCCAUUGGUUCCAUGAAAAAAUUUUGCCGACCCAUCCUUCCGUCAUCAUCAACGAGACUCAAGCAGGAUGAGCAGCUGCUGAGUCACGAGAGCAAGCUGAAGCAGAUGAGCCUGGAGCUGGAAGAGCACCGGAAAAACCCGCCCUCGUCUGACCCCAAAAGCCGCGAGUGGGAGGAGUAUCGGCUCAAAGAGCACUACCUCAUAUAUGAGAAAACCCGCUAUGAGACAUACAUCAGCCUCCUUGGGGCCAAAAUCCGCACUGAGACAGAUGAUCUGGAGAAGAUCGAGGCCAGCGUUUUGGCUGGACUGAUGAUGGAGGGCGUCCUUGCUGGCCAUCUCCGCAAGACACAGUCCUCGCCGUCCAUCAGCCAGGCUCACAGUGGCUUGAACGGGAGGGGCGCCGUGGAACAGACGAGCUGAGGAGAAAAAGGGACCGAAGGGACCACUGCCCUAAAAACGACCUCCCUCAAAGCCAAAACCAGCGUCAUGUAACGUGUUAUUAGGUUCCCCUUUGUCGUUUUACCGAAAUCAAAAUCCUUCCUCGAAAUGAUCAACCUUGGUGAUAAAACCUCCUUGAGCAAUAGAAGACCCCGCCCCGCCUCGACACUCUGACUGACCCCUGCCUCAACCUCAGUACUGUUGCACAUUGAAAAUGAUCGGAACUGUGAUCACUAUUUAUUACAUCAUCAGUAUUAUUAUUAUUUUUUUAAAUCACGCGUGAUGCAGUUCUCUUUAGUUAAAAUAUGGGUUUAUGUUUGAGUAAAGAGAACGAGGCCAGAGUCUCUGCAGGCAGCGGCUGAGGUAGAGUAAAUGGUACUACUGUAGCAUUUUGCCCUUUGCAUUUCCCACUCCCCUUUGGACCUACUUUUUGGGUGGGGUGUGAUUUGGAAAGGCAACGCCACGAAUCUGUUACAGAAACUCCCUAAAACUCAGAAGGAUCCACCCAUGCCGAACAUAUUUAUUUAUUUAUUUAUUUCUUAAUAAUAAUAAUUAAAAAAAUCUUUAUUGUGAUCUCAGUCUGUUUACCACCGUUUCCUUGCACACGUUUAGAGAGGGCCACCUUCGUGGAACUGUUAGCCUGAGGAGCUCUGGAGUUGAGUGCCUUACUCACGGCACUUUGACUAGCUAGUGAGCACACGGUCAAAAAGAGGAACUUGAAUCAAAUUAAAAAGAACUUGAAACCGAGCCAGAUCUCGCUCGAGCGCUGAAAUUUUUCUUAGGCGCUGUUAUCCCUGAAUAAUGACACAUGUUUAAAUAUUCUUUCUGUUUCUAGCAACUCAUAGAGGGACUCAGCAUGUGACUUAACUAAAGCACUGUGCCGUGUUGUUAUAACAACCGACCUGCUCUUUUUGAAAGACUGCACUGACAACAGUUGGUGGAAAAUGUCGAAAGAUGGAUGACUGAACCCGGAAAUAUCAGUGGAAACACAUCUCAGUACAAUUAGGUCCAGCAGUAUUUGGACUUUGGUGGCUUUUUUAAGAUGGACGACAAAAACGGAUUUGUAAUGAUUGUGUUUGAAUUGUAGAAAUGUAGCUUUAAUUUAAAAGGUUUCACAAAAACGUCAUUUACCAUUCAGUAAUUUUGGCCAUUUUAUUUAUAUUACUGUAUGUCCAUUUUAAGUGGCUUUCAAGACACGGGUCCCUAACUAAUUUUAUCCAGGGGCAUCUGUAAUGACAUCUGGGCUAGUGUGGGCUAUAUAAAUCCACAUUAUGUUGGUCCUGGGGCUGUAAAUUUGAGACCCCUGUUUUAUUGAGUUUUCUCAUGGAACAAAUUUAACCAUACAACUAGCUUGCUGCUUGAUUAUUGGUUUUGAGAUUCUUAUUUAACAACAUGAGAGAGUCUUGUCUAAUCUACCAUUGGUUUGUAUUGUAAAAGUAUUUUCUAUCCAGGAAGGCAUUUGACUGAAGAUUUUUAUGAUGAUGAUUUCUCCACUGUAUUCUUGACUUCUGUUCUUGUGAAGUUUUUUUCUCCUUUACCUCCUAUUAGUUAAAGCUGGAAAUUUACACUUCAGUCACAUCAUAAUAUUUGAAUAAAAUCAUCGUCAUUGUUGAAAUACUGAAGAUGUUCAUGAAGAAUUUAAUCUUGCAGGGUCAUGAAGUAUUUUGUUGUGCUUUCAAACAAUCCAGAAGUCGCUGAAUCCCAAUAAGGCUUUCUCAUCUCUGAAAAACUUCAGCACAAAUGCAGCUACAAUUCUUAUGAGAUGCAGCUCUUUAGUAAAAGUACAAAUCUUUCAUUGUUGUGUUCUUCAUAAUAUUGUCUUUUGCCCAUUUGGAGCUUAGCAGCCAUUUGGUACACAAACACCGAUAAAAAAUGUGGCUGGAAAACAAGUCCACCAGCAAAAUAUCCUUUCAUUCUAUUAUGAAAGAUUUGUUUUCCAAGAAGCGGAUGGUUAGGUUUUCUCAGUAAGACCUAGGAGACAAAGCAGACAUCUAGUGCAAAUUUAACAAAAUACCGCAUUAAUGCUUCCUCUCUCGGAACUUGCAUAUUGCAAGAACAUUGGCGUGACGAGCCAGUGGUGAUGGUACUGAUGUUUGUGAGCACCUUAUUGAUCCUGCCAAAAUGCACAGACACACAUUCUAAGUAAUUUGUUUAUGACACAACUGUAGAUUUUAGAACUCCUCACUCAGCCUCUGUGAGGCACUUGUUGACUUUUUACCAGAGCUUUCCAUAGAAUCGCAGAGCUGACACGUCUCUGCUUUGGGGUUCAGCUCUCCUAUUAUUUAAUGGACAGGUUUAAAAAUCAUUUGGGGACUACACUGGAAACUCAGAAUUCGGGCUAGAUAAUGCUAACAGUAGAAAGCUUAGUAAUAUCAGGAUAAAUAAUUUUUUUUUUUUUGUUAAAUACAGACAUGUCCCCGUUUAGUCACUUUGGCUGUUGUGCUAACAGAUGUUCCUCAUGUCCUAGGGUAGGCCUGUGCUGUAAAAUAGGACUGUGACAAAAAUAUUUGUUGAUUGUUAUGUUGCGUAUAAAAAAAACACAACUUUGGCACUUUGAUGUCAGCAUAGACCUGUCAUUUUGCUUUGUUGUAUAUUUGAAUUUUUAAAAUUUUUUUAAUUUCUUCCACACGGAUGUUCAUACAGCAUAAGAAACAUAUGUACUGAAUAUUUAGUCUGUGCUUCAUAAAGUAAGGUUUUAUAGAGAAGACUGUAGUUGUGAUUUAUGAAUACUGGCACCAAAAUGAUGUGCAGCAGCUUGGGUGCCACUGACAUCACUUAUGUACUGUAUAUAUUUCUUUGUACUCUAUAUUAAAGGCAUUUUAGAAGAAUACAAUUAUUUGUUG